AUGUUUCCCGUCUGGGAUGAUGACGAACAGGAUCCAGAUAUUGUCAAGAUUGUCAGUGCACUCCAUGACCCCAAUUUCAAGUUCUCAAAAAACCAUUGGCCUUUGGGAGGUGUUUUGGGUGCACACAUCGUCAAGUCAGAAGCCGGAAAGAGGAGCCUUCCCUCAGAUGAAUCAAGUCGCAAGAGAUCCCGCACAGCCUCUGCAUCUGCCGCAUCAUUCGUUGGUGAUGAAGGGGUCGGAGUUGUCGCUACUAUGAAAGCGCACUUCGACCAAUGCUUCAAAAGCUUUUCAACCAAGAUGCUGAAUGGUCUUGGUAGCUGUGAAAAGCAGAUCAAACUUCUCACCGAGAAGGUUGAAUCUGUAGAGCGUGCGGUAGAAGAGUUGACUACGGGGUCGGCGAAGCACACUGAGGACGAGCCAACCCACCAGCAGGGCACUGGAUCCAAGAAGCAUGAAGGGAGUAAUUCAGAGAAAGAUGAUGCUCCGAUGAAAGCUAAUGUCAACGUUGGUGCGUGUGAGAGUGUUAACGCCCCCGAGGAUGCAAAAGGAAAGAAGGCUGCCGUGAAUGAAGAAGAGGCCCCAGAGCCUAGUAUUUGUGAAAUUGACCCGAAGACGUGUGAUGUUGACUUCGACGCGGUUGCACUUGCCAAAAAUGCCAAAGCCAGAGAAGCGGCUCAGCUAGUUGCCCGAGCAACGAGUGCCAGACACUGCCAGCUGGCUGCGACACAGAGGAGUCCCUUCUUAGGAAACAGCACCGCAAAGGCCAUCAUUCCAUCGUCGGCAUCUCACUCCGGCCGUGCCCGUGGAUAUGAUCCUUUUGAUCAAACCAGUGUCAGGGCGAAGCAUACCACUCUAAUGAACUUUAUACAAUCAAACCCUGCCUGGCCAAAACGCCCAAGACACUCUUCGAUCGAUUGGUAUUACAUUCUCUGGACACCAACGAAAUGGCUAGCUGAUACGCACAUGGAAGCUUACAUCAACCUACUCAGGCUGCGAUUAUCCAAGCAUCCGGAGUGGUUUGUAUCCGACCGGAUUUGCUUUCUGAACUCCAUGUUUGCUACUGUUUGGAGGCGUGACUACGAAGCCUUCAAACAAUCCGAGCCGAAUGCAGAUGGGUCUGAGAAACUUCUACCGCCUGGAGCAUAUUCGUACUACACUAGCGAAUUACCUAUCUACUGCCAGACUAAGAAGACGUGGGCAUAUGAUGUCGACUAUUUUUACUCCAUGUUGCACAUUAGGGAGGACCAUUGGGUAGCAAUAUGGGUCUCAUUUGUGACGAAGCAUAUCACGGUAUGGGAUAGCCAUGCGGCAACCAAACAUGCAUCUGACGAACAAAUUGCUGAAGCUGUGGAGCCUCUUGCGGUUAUGAUACCCUACCUUCUUCAGACCUGUGCACCUGAUGAUGACAAGUGGAGAUUCCCCUACACGCCGUUCACCCAUUCGCGAGUACCAGGUACGGAGAUACCUCAAAACAUUCAGAGUGGUGAUUGCGGAGUGUACUGCCUGAAGUACAUCGAGUGUCAUGCAUUGGAUUUACCAUUUCCUCCGGAACUUUGCGAUAAAAACAUGCGAAAAAUCAGGGAGAAAAUGGCUGCAGAGCUCUAUGACGAAACAUGA